CCAUCAGUCAGGAGAUGAUCAUUUGAAAGCUGUUAAACCGCCCCUGACUUUGAUAAACCCCUUUUAAAAAGUUUUACCUUUCAAUCUCUCUUCUUUCUCUUUGAAUUUCUUUUGCCCAUUUUGUUUGAAAUCUUCAAACAGACAAAGGCAGAGACUUCAAUAGAACCCAGAAGAAUCUCGUUAGAAAAGAAAAACCCAGAACGGUUAUACUUUCGGAGAAAACAGAGGAAGGCAAAAAUGGAAGAAGGCAACAGUAACGACAGCAAAGUAAACAAUGUGGCUAGAGCCAUUGUUGCAGCCCUUGAUUGGAACUCUACUCCUGAUGCUCGCAAAGCUGCCGUGUCUUACCUUGAAUCCAUCAAAGCAGGAGAUAUACGAAUUUUGGCAAACACAUCAUUCCUUUUAGUCAAAAAAAAUUGGUCUUCAGAAAUUCGGUUACAUGCAUUUAAAAUGCUACAGCACUUAGUUCGGUUGCGGUGGGAGGAAUUUGGUCCUUUAGAACGUAAGAACUUUGCGAAUGUUGCUGUUGAGUUAAUGUCUGAAAUUGCAGAUCCUUGUGAGGAAUGGGCUUUGAAAAGUCAAACAGCCGCCCUUGUCGCUGAGAUGGUUAGAAGAGAAGGACUAAAUCUAUGGCAAGAGCUGCUUCCCUCUCUAGUUUCCCUAUCUAGCAAGGGUCCUGUACAAGCUGAGUUGGUCUCAAUGAUGCUAAGAUGGCUUCCUGAAGAUAUUACUGUGCACAACGAAGAUUUGGAAGGUGAUCGACGUAGAUUACUGUUACGUGGGCUUACUCAAUCUUUGCCAGAAAUUUUGCCACUACUAUACACAUUAUUGGAAAGGCAUUUUGGAGCUGUAUUAAGUGAGGUGAGUAGGCAACAACUUGACAUUGCAAAACAGCAUGCAGCUGCUGUAACAGCUACUCUAAAUGCUGUCAAUGCCUAUGCCGAAUGGGCUCCUUUGCCUGAUCUUGCUAAAUACGGCAUCAUUCAUGGGUGUGGUUUCCUACUGUCGUCUCCUGAUUUUCGUCUUCAUGCUUGUGAGUUUUUCAAACUUGUCUCUCCAAGAAAGAGACCUGCUGAUGAUGCUGCUUCUGAAUUUGAUUCUGCAAUGAAUAGCAUCUUUCAGAUCUUGAUGAAUGUAUCCAGAGAAUUUUUAGUCAGAUCUAGCUCUACAGGUGGGGCUAUAGAUGAAAGUGACUGUGAAUUUGCAGAAUAUGUAUGUGAAAGCAUGGUGUCUUUGGGUUCCUCAAACUUGCAAUGUAUUGUCGGAGAUAGCACUACACUCUCUCUUUAUUUACUACAGAUGCUGGGGUUCUUUCAACAUUUUAAGCUGGCUCUUCAUUAUCAAUCCCUGCAAUUUUGGUUGGCACUAAUGAGGGAUUUGAUGUCAAAGCCAAAGCUUCAUUCAGCUGGAGAUGGUUCAGCUGUUACCAAUGUGGAUUCUACUUCAGCGCAGGUUGAUAAUGAAAAGAGAAAGAUUUUAAGUUUUCUGAAUGAUGAUAUUUGUAGUGCAAUUCUGGAUAUAUCUUUCCAACGCAUGCUUAAAAAAGAAAAGCUUAUGACUGGAACAGCCCUCUCUCUGGGGGUUUUGGAGUUGUGGAGUGACGAUUUUGAGGGCAAGGGUGAUUUUGGCCAGUACCGUUCUAGGCUGCUUGACUUAAUCAAGUUUAUUGCUUCAAACAAGCCCCUUGUGGCUGGUGCUAAAAUUUCUGAAAGAAUUAUUAUGAUCAUUAAGAACCUCUUGAAUUCACCAAUGCCUGCUCAGGUCUUAGUUGUGAUGGAAAGCAUGCAAGUGGCUCUGGAAAAUGUUGUUAGCUCUAUAUUUGAUGGAUCAAAUGAGUUUGCCGGUGGUGGUUCAGAAGUUCACCUGGCUUUGUGUAGAAUAUUUGAAGGUUUACUUCGGGAACUUCUUUCUUUAAAUUGGACUGAGCCUGCCCUUGUGGAAGUACUUGGACGCUAUCUAGAUGCAAUGGGUCCCUUCCUCAAGUAUUUCCCAGAUGCAGUUGGCAGUGUCAUCAAUAAGCUUUUUGAGCUCCUAAAUUCACUUCCUUUCGUUGUUAAGGAUCCUUCAACAAGCAGUGCACGACAUGCAAGGUUGCAGAUUUGUACAUCAUUUAUUCGAAUGGCCAAAGCUGCUGACAAAAGUAUUCUGCCUCACAUGAAGGGUAUUGCUGAUACAAUGGCAUAUUUACGAAGAGAAGGUUGUUUGCUUCGUGGUGAACAUAAUCUUCUAGGUGAAGCGUUUCUUGUCAUGGCUUCUGCUGCUGGGAUUCAACAACAGCAAGAAGUUUUGGCAUGGUUACUUGAACCCUUGAGCCAACAGUGGAUACCAAUAGAGUGGCAAAACAAUUACCUGUCUGAACCGCUUGGUCUAGUUCGUUUAUGCUCCGAUACAGCAUUUAUGUGGUCACUUUUCCACACUGUGACAUUUUUUGAGAAAGCACUUAAGAGGAGUGGAAUGAGGAAAGGCAAUUUGAACUUACAAAACAGCUCAACAGCAAGUUCUACCCCACAUCCAAUAGCUGCUCAUCUGUCUUGGAUGCUGCCUCCUCUCUUAACACUGCUUCGUGCUAUACAUUCCCUUUGGUCACCAUCCAUAUUCCAAACAUUACCUGGAGAAAUUAAAGCAGCAAUGAGCAUGAGUGAUGUGGAGCGGUCCAGUCUUCUUGGCGGUGGGAACCCCAAAUUGUCAAAGGGUGCAUUAACUUUCAUAGAUGGAUCUCAGUUUGAUGUGAAUAAGGAAGGAUAUACAGAACCAAAUGAAGCUGACAUACGAAAUUGGUUAAAGGGUAUCAGAGACAGUGGGUACAAUGUAUUGGGCCUAUCUACUACCAUUGGAGAUCCAUUUUUUCAAUUCAUGGACAUUGAUUCUGUUGCUUUAGCUCUAAUUGAGAAUAUACAAUCAAUGGAGUUCAGACAUACAAGGCAGCUUGUUCAUUCUAUUUUAAUUCCUCUGGUUAAGUCCUGUCCUCCAGAUAUGUGGGAGGUCUGGCUGGAAAAGCUACUGCACCCGUUAUUUGUCCACUGUCAGCGAGCUCUUAGUUGUUCAUGGUCCAGUCUUUUGCAUGAAGGCCGGGCGAAGGUUCCCGAUAAUCAUGGUAUUCUCACUGGGUCAGACUUGAAAGUGGAAGUAAUGGAGGAAAAAUUGCUUCGAGAUUUAACUCGUGAGAUAUGUUUGCUCCUCUCUACUAUGGCAUCACCUGGAUUAAAUGCUACCCUUCCUAAUUUAGAACAUUCUGGGCAUUUUGGCCGUGUGGACAUGUCUUCUCUGAAAGAUUUGGAUGCAUUUGCAUCAAGCUCUAUGGUUGGUUUCCUUUUGAAGCACAAAAGCCUGGCAAUUCCAGUAUUGCAGAUUUCAUUAGAAGCAUUCACUUGGACAGACAGUGAAGCUGUGACCAAAGUUUGUUCCUUUUCUGCUGCUGUGGUUCUUCUAGCUAUAUUUACAAACAAUGUGGAAAUCCAGGAAUUUGUUUCUAGAGAUCUAUUUUCUGCAGUCAUCCGAGGUUUGGCCCUUGAGUCAAAUGCUGUUAUCAGUGCUGAUCUGGUUAAUCUCUGUCGCGAAAUAUUCAUAUAUCUCUGUGACAGAGAUACGGCUCCCAGGCAGAUUUUACUCUCCCUUCCUUCUAUUAGCCCCAACGAUUUACAUGCCUUUGAAGAAGCCUUGGCAAAGACCGCUAGUCCUAAAGAACAAAAGCAGCAUAUGAGGAGCUUGCUUUUAUUAGCUAGUGGGAACAACUUAAAAGCUCUUGCUGCUCAGAAAAGUGUAAACAUUAUAACAAAUGUUACAACGAGGCCUCGCGGUUCAGUCAAUGUGCCUGAAAAUAGAAUCGAUGAGGGGGACACCAAUCACACCAUAGGCUUGGCAGCAAUUUUGUGAUGGAUUUUCAGAUUUGGUGUUUGUACAGAAAGUUUAACCAGGAAAAAAUAAACAGAGGAGAAAAGAACAAGAAAAAGAAAAAUCUCACAGUAAUACACCAAGGUAGAUGGAAGCUUCUUUAUUUGCUAUUUAAACAGAGUUGUGCAAUCAAUUCAUCCACCUGUUGUGGUGAUCUCAAAUAGAAUUCCAUGGCACUACUCUUCUGGUUUUGUUACCAUGUAUAUUGUCCUAAUGUUUCUUUCAUCUCUUUGGCUGAUUCAAAUCAUACUAAUAUUUUUUUGGUGGU